GAAACCAUGGUGAGGAAGCAACGUUUGGUAUUCUAGAACUUUGCUCAAAUGGAUGAUCGGAAAAGAGGUGGCACUGACGAUUUAGCUACUUUAUCUGAACUGAAUGAGGAGAUAAUUCUUCACGAACUGAGAGCCAGAUACAGUCAAGAUGUCAUCUACGUGCGUAUUUUUCCUCGCGAAUGCUCGUGUUCAAUCUAGAAACAGCCGAAUUAUUUUGAGUGUUAAUGCACUUAACUUUAUGUUGACGUGAUUUUCCUUGUUCAUCAAUGUUUAAUUCUUUUAUUUUUUUGAAAAUCCACAGACCUACGUCGGCGAUAUUCUUAUCGCACUCAACCCAUUCAAGCCUCUGGAAAUUUACCACAAAAGUGUAAGAAUGAAUAUUCGUAGCAAAUUAUGACCGACUUUCGAAUUUGCCGUUAUUAAGGAAGUAAGGAAAUACACUUGUUCAGAGGUAUAAUUGUUUGGUUCCCUUAUUCAACAUCCGUGUUUUCAAACUCAAUGUAAGCCCUGAGAAUUUAACCCAGCUCGAUUAAUUGCGGGUUUCAUGAAAGAUUAGACGAUAAGAGGGCAGUCAUGCAGUAAGCAAGUGAAUUUUAUUCAAAUUUCUUUCAACUCAGAGAUAACACUUUCGUAUGCGUGGGUGUGAAUGUAAGCAUGUGUUUGUGACAUGUAAACAGUCUGGCUCAGUUCAGCUCAGAGCUGGUUUAAAUGGGGGCCUGUGUAAACACAUGGAGUCAGGCCACACCACAACAUCGGUAGCUACGUUUCCCACUCUUUGCGAGAAAGUGUGUGGGUUCUUUAAUGUCCCGUGCUAACUAGUACAGAGACGAGGCAGGAGACGGGGCCUAUGGCUUAUCGUCCAUCUCAGAAAAGACUAGAAUGUCUAACCAUUUACCGAAGUCAAAGUAAAGGCAGCAAAUUCUCCUCAGUUAUUUAUGACCCUGAGUGUUGGUUCGGUCUAAGGCUUGAACCCUCAACCUCCCGCGCGGCAGUCCGGCGCUCUACGACGUGAACUAACCAAGCGGUACAGCAGGCUCCCAAAUGUUAGUUGAGGACUCUAUUUUCUUAGCAGAAGAAAAUUUCAGAAAGUUCAGACUGUUUACAAUGUUAACAAUGAAAUGAAGCUGAUCAAAACAUCCCUCGGAAAAAAUUCCGCACAGCCCCAUACUUCAUUAUGCAUGCACAUCUUCUUGGUGAUGAAUAAUUGAAUAAUAAAGCCCCAUAUAUGUAUGCAUAAUGAAGUAUGGGGCUGUGCGGAAAUUUUUUCCCAUCUCUCUACCCUUCCCUCUGCCCUUGCUUUUCGCUGGGACUGUGCUCCAGGGGUCUGCCUUGUUCUCUUGGGUAUUGACAUCUAUCAUCCUGGCAGUCAAGUAAAACGCAAGUUUUCUGUUAUCUUGAAAAUCUGGAUUAAUUAUAUACAACUUUUGCAAGAAGGUGUACGGCUAGAAUUGUACCUGCAAAUGACACAUACUAUAUUCCUACUUCAUAGAUCAAAGAUUAAGGUUCUCAGCUCAGGUUAAAAUUAGGUAAUUAUCUGAAGUGAGUUAUUUCAUGCCUGAAUUUUUAACAUUCAAGUGCCUGAGGUGCUCAAAGGUCCUGUUGAUAAAGAUUCUAGGUCUGAUCAGGUACACGAUCAGUACUAACAUUAUUAACUUGCAUACCUUGUUGUCAGACUGCAGAAACAUACAAGAUGGCACAGAAAUCAUCCCAGCCUCCUCAUAUCUUUGCAGUUGCCAACUCUGCAUAUCAAGCGAUGCUAGGAGUGGGAGGAGCAAGUCCUAACAGCCAGUGCUGUGUGAUAAGGUGCCUACAAAUUUCCUAAAAAAUUAAAGUUGCAGUAGUUGAUGGUCUUUUUUUAAUUAUUUGAUGGAGAAUGAAACAUCAGUUGAUUGAAAUGGUCCUUGAAGGUUCAGUCUGUUGACUUGGAUGAAAUUUUCUUGCUGAAAAGAAAAAUCGUACUCUGAAGGGCCAGAUGGGUUCUCACUGCAUGAUCAUGAAAUGGUUUGCAUCAAAAUUCCAGAUGAAAGCUGGUGAUUUUUUUUUAAAUAGCAUUUCAUUUAAAAUUUUCUUAAAGAUUCUAAAGGAGCAAAAGCCAUGAAACAGAAAAUCUAGUUUAUAUAUUUUCUGAUUUCACUCUGCAAGACAAAUUAGAAUUAAUUUACUUUCAUUAGCAUUAUUUAUUGCUAUAAUACAGCAAGUGCAAAAAAUUUUCAGUGACUUGAACAAGAAACUUGGGCCAUCUCAAAAAUCUUUCACCAGAUCAAUUUACCAUUAAACAACAGUCUGCUAAUAUUUAACUUUUUGUAGUGGAGAAAGUGGGGCAGGGAAAACAGAAUCAGCAAAACUGCUAAUAAGUCAGCUUGUUGAAUUGUCAAGAGGAACUUCUCAGUUGGAACAACAGAUCCUUCAGGUACUUUUUGCACUAGUUUCUUGAAUCAUUUUUGCUAGAGUGAAAAAUUCCUCACACCUAAAUUCUUCCGAGGAGAGGAUUCUUAUAUUCAGCCCAGAGACCAUUGUUGUGCUCAGGGGUUGAUUGCUAGUAUUUCUAUUAAUUUCUUCUUCUAUUUAUUUACUUUCUUCAUGAAACCAUAGGUGAAUCCACUGCUAGAGGCCUUUGGGAAUGCUCAAGCUCUAAUGAAUGACAACUCAAGCAGAUUUGGAAAGUAUAUUCAGCUAAAAUUUCAGCAAGGCAUGGGUAAGAAAAUCAGCACAACAAACUAUUAAAUGGUUAAACAGUUUAGGGUAGUCAGAUUGUCAGUUUGAUAUUCAAAAGUCUGACACUUCAUCUGUUAGUAAAUCAGUUGGUUUGUUCAUGCAUCCAUCUGCCAGUUAGCCUUUAGUUAGUCAUGAGUCAAAAAGUCAGCGCACUGGGAACCAGCUAGGGAUGGGCUGCUGGUAAGUCAGUCAUUUAGUCAGCUAGCCAGCUUACCACUCAGUCACUCAAUAUGAGGAAGUCAGCCAGUCAACCAGGCAGUCAAUUGGGUAGUCAGUCAAUUAUUCAAUUUUUCCAUUCCUCUACAUCCAUCAAUCCAUCUUUCUGUCUGUUGGUUUAUCUGUCGGCCCAUAGAUGUGUCAAUCCAUUCGUCUGUUUGGCAGUCUGUGCUUUAGUUGGUCAAAAGGUAGCCAGUUGGCCAGCAAGACAGCUAGCCAGCCAAUUAGUCCACCAGUCAGUACUAAGUAGGAUCGAGUUGUUCAGCCGAUAACAUUAUCCACUGGAUAAAUCUCUAUCAGGUGGAUAGUGCAGUAUGUUUUGUGGUUUACACAUAUCCCUUGGAUAGUGAUUUAUUUGUUGGAUAGCAUCAUCCACCAUUUGAACAACUGGGCACAGGUUGGUCUGCUAGUCAGUCCAUCAACUAGUUAGUCAGUCAGUCUGGCAACUUGUAAAUUAGCCAGUCAUUAAAGUGGUCAUUCAGUUAACUUGUUGGUAGUGAGUCAGUUAGUUAUUCAGUCAUUCAGUAAAUUACUCAGUCAGAAAAAAACAAAAUGGAGGGAGAGAGGAGGGAUGGUGAGAGGACACCCCACUGCGAGAUAAAAUUAUAUUGGAGGAAUACAGUUACGAUUAUUGAAUGCUAUUUAAAACAAACUACGUUUUUCAGUCAUUGGUGCUAAAAUUUCUGAAUACCUUCUGGAGAAGUCCCGUGUUGUUCGACAAAGCAGAGGAGAGGAAAAUUUUCAUAUCUUCUACUAUUUAUUCGCCGGGCUUUCAGCAGAUGAACAUGGCAAAUAUGGACUGACCAGGCCAGAUAAAUACCGGUAGGUAAUUUUCGAUAAAUGCAGCGAUGAUAUUUACUUUGCUGUUGUCCUCGUUUUCCGUGGAAAAAAGUUUUACUGAGACUUAGGAGACACGGUGACAUCCGUGCAGUCAUCGGGUGAUCUUGCUGACUCCAGCUCAAAGGGUCUGGAACCGAGAUGUAGCUAUGUUUCCUACGUUUGCUUGGGAAGAGCACGCAACUCUCACUUUGCCUCUUCGAAGUGCUGGGAGGCUGGUUGAGGGUUUGAAGUGCAGUAGCGGGGGGGGGAGGUGAUAGACGAUGGACUAUAGAAAUUUGUGGAAACAGGAAACGAAUGCUUGAAAAUAACAUUUGAAUGAAAAGGCUUCAGAAGCCGAGGUAUAUUACCAUUGGACCCAAAUUCGUUUUAAUAAGAAGCUCAAAAACCUGAACUUAAUAGCGACAAAAAAGUGCCAUUAGCCUAGUUUGCGAUUGAAUGACACCUGAAAUAGAUCAUCAAUGACAUGUAGAAACAAGCUGGGGGUUCAGCUAAUAUAUUACUUAUGAUUAAAGUUUCUCGGUUUUACUUUACUUUUGAAUCGUAAAAUAGUUAUCUAUGCGAUGGAACAGCAAGUUUGAAGAAAGUCAAGAAGAACAAAAUGAUGUUUAAUGAGCUUCUGAAUGCCAUGGACAUGGUUGGGUUUCUUGACGAGGUAACCAGCAAUUUUGUGUGUUUUUUUUUCCUCAGAAGUAAGGUCUGUGUGGAAUACUCUUUUUAGCCGCAAUUACUCUAUCAACUCUUCCACUACUAGAGUGACAACAGAGUUAAUUCUCCUCACAAUAUCGAUACUUUUAAAGGCAAAAAGGUCACGAGAAGAGCGAAAAAUGUCAACAUUUAGACUAUCAAUGCCUUUAGUCCUGGAGGUCUUGGAGAUCAUUUGGAUUUUUUUUUUUUUGAAGUUGCAUCUUAUUUAUGCUGAUAGACUUAGAUACUCGUAAUAUUUUACGUUUAGGAACAAGAGGAUCUGUUCACAGUUCUUGGUGGUGUUCUGAACAUGGGUAACAUCGCUUUUGAGAUGGACGAAAAUGAAGGAGCCAUUGUUAAAGACGCACAUGGGCCUUUGAAGAUGGCUGCGGUUAGCUGAGUUUUAUCUUGUUUGAAACUGCCAAAAUAAACAGGGUCAUUUAACAAUAUUUUCUUGACACUCUUGACCAAUAUAUCAUGUGAAAAAAGGCACCGAAAAUUGGCAGAUGUGUGGAGACUCCAUCCGAGCACAAAUCCUACUUACAUAGAGCAAUUUCAUCCAGUCUGCCCCAACACUGGGCUUCACCGAACCAAAAUUAGACCACAGAGUUUCUAAAAGAAUUGUAAUAUUCUCUAUUGUUCCGUUACCGAUGGAAACUUAGUUCCCUGCUUUUGCUUUAUUGAUCCCGCGACAGAAACUUCUGGGUGUUGACACGGAGAAAUUAACAGAAGUGUUGACCUCCACAUCAACCGCCACUCUUGGCAGUGUGAUUAAAAGAAGACUGAAAGACCACCAAGCGAUGGGUAAGGGAGAAAGAUCUUUGUAUGGUGCGCUUUGAAACGUUUGAGAAUUUGGCGAAAAUCGGAGAUGAAAACACUCGAGAGUAUAAGUAUUUUUUACUCACUUUUAUUCAGUCACUCAUGGUGUAAAUGUUUUCCCAGUUUGCAGCAUGACCGUGUCAGAAGACACGAAUAGUCGCCAGUUGUUCGAAAAAAACUGAUUCAUCAUGGCAUUCAUACUCUAAGUUUCAUCGUCCGAUGUUUGAUCACAUUUAGAGCCAGCCGCCGGUUCCAUCUCUUGAUAUUCCUUACAAGCUUUGACUCCAUUGAUAGUUAGGUAUCAAAUUAAGCGGGUGCUCAGUCUGCUCAGUAUUGAAUAAAGGCAGGCAGCGACAAAACACUUAAUGUUACUUCAACUUCCAUAGAUGUUCGAGAUGCGACAUCGAAAGCAAUGUAUGGUCGUCUCUUUGGCUGGAUUGUUAACAAAGUCAACCAGCUUUUGGCUCCGCCAUUGGCAUCAAGAGGAGAGGAGGUGACAGAAAUAGGUAAGAGUGAGACUGGUUGAUUUGAAAUGCACGAGCUUGUUAAUUUGAAAUACAUUUUACGCAUGUUGCUGCCUACGGACUUCUGGCCCAUCAGUGUUAAGUUGCUGAUUGAUAUAGAUCGCUAUCUGACGGUGUCAUGAAUUCAAAGCCAGAGAAAUCACAACGGCCAAUCGGAUAAAAUGGAGAAAAUCUGAAGAAACCAAAGCAAACUCAAAACAGAUACAAGCAGUAAACGGUGUCACUGAUCAAGUUAAGAACAAUUCCAGUGACGAUUUUGAAGUUAGUUUCAAGUCUUGUACCUGAUCGGUUCAUAAAAGAAUGGUUGGAGUUUUCUAAACCAAACAUAGAGCUAAAUCAAUUUAACCCCGGAUUAUUUUAGAGACUUUGACUCGAAAAUUGCCUCCUGAACAUGCUUUGGCAGAGGAUAUGUUCGACAGCAAGUAUAAUUGCGGUUUUUCAAAGUUUUAACGGUUUCUAAAGAGUUACCCAUAUCCUUUUGUUUUUUUUUUUUGCAUCCUGUAGGUAUUCUUGAUAUAUUUGGCUUUGAACAUUUUGAGAAAAACAGCUUUGAGCAGGCCUGCAUCAACUUAGCCAAUGAGCAACUCCAGUUCUUCUUCAACCAGGUAAACAGUGAAAUUACUGUGGAGAAACAUUGUAGCAGCAAUAAUUUUCUUUCUCCUGGGAAUGAUACGCGACAAAAACCAGAUCUUAGCCGGAAAACUUUUUUCUCCAUUCUGCUGACAGAUAGUGAGGCUAAAAUCCUCAUGCGUGCGGCCGAGAGAUUAUAACUUUUUACAAAAGCGGAUCGCUUCAUGAUAAGAAACAGUGUAAGCUACGGUAGUUGCGCUGCAAACCAUAUAUUGCGCUCUGAAAACUUGGUUUUGUUCUUUGUUUGACAGCACAUUUUCUUGUGGGAGCAGGAAGAGUACAAGAAGGAAGGCAUUGAUUGGACAAGCGUCACAUUCGCGGACAACAAACCUGUCUUGGCGAGUCUAAUGUUUUAAAUUCGCUUCCAAAUUAGCAGUUCAUAAUUAUGUCUAUCAUUGUUGGUCUUCAACCAGAAUUUAAGAGCCGGCAUAUUCUAAACCCCGUUUAGCUCUGGUCUUGUUUGGAAUGAUGCAAAUAUCUCUAGUGGGACUGAAAAUCUUCUUUUUUUGGCAGGACAGUGGUUGGGAAAAUUGUAUUUUGAUAAUAGGAAGCUGUAUGGGAAGACGCACAUUAUUUAUAAGCUUCAUGUUUAGUUUCACUAACAGGAUGAUUCUAAACCGGACUAACUACGACAAAUGCUAAGUUCAUCAUCAUGCAACUUCUCAAAUAAUAUUUUUUUAAAAAAAUGAGGAGAGGAUUUUGUUCAAUGUCUAGAAAAAUUGUGUUCUCUCGAUCCACAGGAUUUGUUUCUCAAUAAACCAAUCGGUGUGUUGGCGCUGCUAGAUGAGGAGAGCCAUUUUCCGCAGGUUUGUGAAUGGUUCUUCCGAGUUUGUAACCGGAAAGAAAGCUUAUUUAGUAUAGAAGAAAGCAAAAUUGUAUCCCAGUCUUAAAUAAUUAACGUAUCAAAUCUGAUUGACGUACAAAUCUUCAGAGUACUGAUAUAGUUAUAACUUAAUACAAAAUUGUAUUAUAUGCAUUAAUUAAAAUUUCACUGACCAAAUCUAAAGUGGAGUGUAGUUCAUAUGUAUUUUGCCACUCUUCUUGUGUUCUUGCCACACAAUACUUAGUGAUACUUUCUUUAUUACGUUCACUUUGAAAUCACUGGUGAUCCUUGCAUUGUAAUUGCCUAGCUCUGAUUGAUGCGAUUUAUUCACAAAUUGCGCCAUUUGUUGCUCUUAAUCGCACCUUUUCCUCAAGUAAUGACAGCUUUACUAAAACACAAAAAAUUCUCAGAAGGAAAAUGAAAGAGAAUAUUGGCAACUUUUUUACAAACCAGCUCAGUACUAGAUCAAUAAAAUGUUUGAGACUGGAAAUCGUGUAUUUGAGCGACUGAAUCGUGCGAUUUCAAAACAGAUGAAGUAAAGUGGUAAAUGAUUAAAUUUGUUUCGUGAAAUUUUUGUCUGAAAUCGCACUUGUGAUUUCAAAUCAAACUCGUGCUACGCAUUCGUUCGAUUUCGAAAUCACUCGACGUAUGAUUUCAGACCAAUCUUACACACUAUACACUAGCACGAAAACUACCUAUUACCUACUGAAGACAGGAACAGAAAUGGUUUAAAAUAGCUAGAUCAGUUGCAUAGUUGCUCUGUUCACUAUUUGCUUUUCCGACGCUGUUUCUCGUAGAGCACAGACCAUUCAUUUGUGGAGAAAUUGAGGCAAAACUGUGGGAAAAGUAACGUUUUUAUCAAGUCAAGGCAGUCAAACACGAACCUGUUUGGGAUCUGCCACUAUGCUGGAAAGGUAAGAGCUGACACGAAAAGAUACCGUUUUUCUGUUUUCUCUUUUUAUAGGAAACCCAUUUAAGUGUAAGAAACCCAUACUUGGUACUUUUUGCUCAUUGGUGCUAAGUAUGAAUAACGCCCCGCUAAAUCUUUUUUUUUUCCUCUGUUUCUCUCUCUUGCAAAACAAAGAAAGUUAAAAAAUGACACGCAAAAGCCAGGGGAACUCUGUGACUAGAAGUGGAUAAUCUACGUGCUGGCUCUCAUUAUUAGCACUUUGCCACGAUCGUUUCUUCGCCUGCGAGAAAGCGCGAGAAAGUAUGAGAUCCUGAACAACGCAAGUCGGCGAUAGGUCUGCGAGGGGUCUGGCACUGAUUAUUAGUGCCAGUGCCCUGACAAACCUCUCCCCAACUCGUCCAAAUAAUGAAGGCCUGCUCGCAGGAUAAGAAGUAGAAAGAAUAGUUGACUGUGUGUUGAUUUUCGCAGGUUGAAUAUGACGCUACAGGUUUCCUGGAGAAAAAUCGUGACACUCUCCCGCCAGGUGUUAUGAAUAUGCUGCGUAGGAGUGAUAACAGUUUGAUCACCACUAUCUUUUCUGGUACGACUGGCCACAGUGUUUCCUACAAUAUUUUAACAAGUUAUCAACUGGUAAUCAGUUUUGCCGGAAAUGCUUUUACGCAAUUUGUUCGUUUAGGCUUUGUCAAAGGUUUUUACCUUUCCUCAUGAAAUGCAUCUGACGAGACUUUGUACGGUACACCUGUAUUGAAAAAUUGUAUAUUCCAGUAUGUUGAGCGAAGUUCUCUCGUGGUUGGUUUUAUUCUGGUAGUUUCUUAUUUUUCCACGAAAUGAAUGUUAAUUUGCUAUGCAGGUUAACUGUAAACUUAUUCGAUAUUGCACAUCCAGUUUCCUCUUUGGACGCAGAUAAUAUACCGCAGUUUAUUAUUCUAAAGUCAUUUUUAACGUAAAAUUUUCUGAUUUGUACUCACAUAUUGAAGUUUGCGGUUCGUUGUUUUGGUCACCGCUUUAAUGAAACUUAAACAAUCGAGCUUACUAAGCUGUUCAGCUGUCGCAGCUUGCUUUCGCAUAAUGUACUUUUAUUGUCCUACUUCAGGUACGGUCACUCGAACUGGUACAUUGGCUUUACAAGGACGAGUGAGCAAAGGAAAUGUGGUCGGAAGAACUAAGGUAAGACAAAAGACAAGUUGCGACACUCAGUAGAAAAUUGGUUUACAAUGAAUGGUUAUGGCUGGGAAAGAGAAAAUUGUUGGAGUACUUGACUGCGGAGCAAACUGCCAUGUUAACGCAAAAUACUCUUUGCUAAUGCAAGAUGUGUGCCUCUCCGCCUCCGGGAAGAUUUGAGACAAGUUGAGGGGAAGGAUUGCCAGGGGUCAGGUACAGUGCUAAACCCAUUGUAGACCUCUCGUCGACUCGCAUUACUUAAUGCCUCCCACCUGCCCACUUUCCCUCGGGCGAAGAAAUGCUCCGUAAGAUCAUGGUGGGCGGCAGAUGCAGAGGAAGUGCACAAAAAAAUUUCUGUGAUGCUUCAACAGUUCUGUACUAAAUCGUUAGGAUGUUCAAUGCUUUUUUUGUUCUUUUUGAAGCGACUAAGUAAAGCUCGUCAAGGAAUGCCAGCCACCAAAAAGCCAACAGUUGGCGCACAAUUCAAGGUAAACUUCAAAGCUUUCUUUUUCUUUUCUUUUUUUAGUUUAGAAACUGUCAAUUGAAAAAAAGGUCUGAUAAGACUGGUGGUCCGAACCACUGAACCCUCUCCUUGUAUCUGCCACUGAGAUGUUAACGACAGUCUUUCUUUUAUUGCAAGAUUUCAACUGAAUAUGAACCAUGAUCUCGCUUGGCACCGAGUAUUAUAUUACUUGAAGCAAUAACUGAAAAUUGUCAUUUUAAAUUAAGUUUUUGAUCCUGUUUCUUCCUCAUGAAAGACUUCUUUAGGAAUCCUCAUGGAAAGAAUGACAGCUGCUAGUCCACAUUUUAUCAGGUGCAUUAAGCCAAACCAUGACAAGGUACCAGCAUUAAUAUCAGCACUUGUUAAUCACUUAAAAAACAAAACCCAUGCAUGCAGUUGUUUUCUAGAAUCUUGCUUCAAGUUUUAUCAAAUUUUCAUCUUUUUCCCUUUUUUGUUUCAGAUUUCGGACAGUUUUGACCUCAAAUACGUCAGAGAACAGGUAAAGGUGACUGGGUGUUGUUUUACGUGAGGAUGACCCUUUUUCAAAUUUAAGAGGUCUUUGUGUAUAGAUGUUUAUUUUUAUUUACUUCAAAAUCGUUUUUGUUGUUUAUUAGCUGGCUUACACAGGGGUACUAGAAACAACGCGUAUCAGAAGGGAAGGAUUUGCUCUGAGGAUCUCUUUUGCCGACUUCAUCGACAGGUUAGCUCAAUGACGAGUAUGGGGGUAGUUACUUUUAGCAAUUUUUGGAUAUUUAUAUUUCAAUUUUUGGAUAUUUAUAUUUCAAUUUUUGGAUAUUUAUAUUUCAAUUUUUGAUACUUAGACCAGUUUAUUUAAAGAUUAUUCGCCAAAGUGGAGGUGAAUCGUGCUAGAUAUUUACUGCGUCGUGAGGCGAUGAGAUAAAUAUGCACCGCUUUCACCGACACUGAGGUGAAUAACUGUUUUAGUACAUACCGCACAUAUACCGAAAAAUGGAAAGAAAUGAAAUUCUUGACGCGCGAUUUUGUCUCUUCAUCUGCUUGGAGGCGAAUAGUGCUUAUUAUUACCUCUAAACUAACCAAUCAGCGUGCGCAAAAAAGUUCUGUUCAUGUGUGUGGUAUAUAUACUUUUAAUGUUAUUAAAUUUUCAACUCCGAAUAUUGUAUUUCAAGUGUUCUGAUUGGUUUCCUCAACUCCGAUUAUUACCUAAUAUGCAAAUGCAUUAUGCCAACUGUGGCGGAGCUGAAUAAUGCUCGAAAUAUCCGAACGUUCAGGAUUUGAUGAAAUGUGAUAUAAAUAAUUAUUUCAUUCGCUCUUGUCGGAUACCAUCUCAUAUUCAACGCUCGCUUGUGGAAUAAUUAUCUUCAUACAGGAUAUAAUUUAUUCAUUCUCAUUUUUCUACAAACUGUACUUUGGUGUUUACCACUAGCCUUUGCUCCUAGCCUCUUAUCAUGAUUCUGUUCUUUCAAUUGGAGUUAUGUCGAAAGUAUGACAUCGCAUCCUGUAAAUUUCUUUUCGGUGCUCAAAGCUCUUUGGAGUUUACUGCGCCGACACGAAGUAUCAACGUGAUGAAGUAUGCCUCAUUUAUGUUUUUCAGGUAUAAGCUUGUUUUAUAUACGACAAAUCUGCCAAAAACUGAGUCCAACUGUCGACAAAUUCUGAAGAAGUCAAAUCUACAUGGCUGGCAGAUUGGGUGAGUGAACAAAACAAUCCCUGUAACAAGAUAAUGUGAUUGAAAUCUGAAGAUCGAAAAAGUACUUUACAAUCCUUGGGGUUCUGUCAUUUUUUAAACAGCAAUUUGUUAAAUAAGUGUGCGAUAGUUGAAGCCACUUUCAUCUUAUGAUAUAUUACAUGCUACUCGAAAGGAAGCUUGUUCGUGGCGACGUUAAUUUUUCUUGUCAGUUGGCAUAGAAAUGACUUGCUUGAUUUUCUUUCAUUUCACAGACAAACAAAGGUUUUUCUGAAGUACUGGCACGCAGACAAAUUGGCGGAUCAGCUCCUAAAAGCUCAGGAAGCCGUUAUUACCAUACAAAAAGGUACUUUUACAGGAAAACGACAUAAAAGAGACGCCGUGUUUCUGUAGGUUUCGCCCCAUCUCAAUUUUAUCCCCUAUCUCUUUGGUGAGUUGGCCUAGCUUGAAGGAAAACAAGUUCAUCGAGAAAAAAGAAAAAAACCUUUGAAAUUCCUGAAUAGGAAGGAGCUUUCUUAAUGGUGAGGUGAAGAAAGGCCAUGCAGUUGCCCUCUAUUUCAUUUACUUCUACCCAAAUAAACAUCUCUGUUCAAAACUCGAUUUCGACGAGAAAUCGCACUUGGCACGGGCGUUGAUUAGAACUCUAUUAUAAGUUCCAGUGGGAUUAUAAAUUAUGGGAAAUACUCAUAGAACUCUUUCUCCCUGUGUCAAGUUGUUCGCGGUUUUGUGGCCAGACGAAAAUAUAAACGACUCCGAGAAGAAGCUAUGAUGAACUCCAGGAAAACAGCAACAUUGCUACAGCUUUCCAUUACUUGUGGAAAUAAACUGUACCAUAAACAAGAGGAGUUAAUGCAACAAGAUAACAAGGAAAAAAAGAAGGUAAACAAGGAACGAGGAAGACUGCAGAUAUUUUGUAAAGAUAAAAAUAUUACCCCUAGGUAGAUAUUUAAUUCAAAAGAGUGGAAAAUAAAAGAGCUAUUGUCAGAGUGUUUUCUGAAAAUAGGGAUAAUGAGCACAGAAGUUUUUCAAUCACCGGAAGUUAAAAAUUCUUUCCCCCUAGCGCUUUUGACGGAUUUGUUUUGGUCUAUACCGCUCUGUUAGUCUUAAAUGCUCAAGCACGAUCUUGAAGUGGUUGUAAUAUAUUUACAAUCAUUGUCUACGUAUCAAGAAUAUCUCUGCUUAACUUUCCAAGCGAACAGAGGAACCAUUUUCUAUUGUUUCUCGAGCAUUUUUUUUUUUUUGUGCUCGGAAGAAAAACUACCACUUACAACCUCCAUCAGUUUGGAAAUCUCCAUUCUUUUUCUUAUUAAUACGCUAUGCGUGAUGCUAUUGAAACUAACUUCGAAUUCAACCUUAACUUCUCGCUUUGUUCUAGAAAUCCUAAGGAAGAGAACUAUGAAUUAUAUUGCCUUAAAUUUCCCACCUCCACCCCUGAAGAAGAAGAGGAUUACUUUCCACCACCCCCACCAGAUGCUCUUGGCUUGCCUCCAAAGCAAAGCCAUGGGUCACUUGAUGAGAUAGAGGUAUGCAGCCACGAAAACAUGACAAGAAACCCGUCGAAGUUUUAAUUAUCCAAUUUUCAAAAUCUUUAACACACCGAGACAAUGUAAUGAAACUAAAAAACGUCAGAUUAAAAACAGGUGCUGGGCCGUUUUACUUUUUCUGUAGCCUAAAAUUUUUUUCCUCUGCGUAUCGGAAGGUAUGAUUGGCAUCAGAUCUGAAUCAUUUCAAAUACAGAAAGUUCUUUUUUUCUCCUUGAUGUGCCCUCGAUCUUUUUGGAAGUUGUAAGGGUUUAAUAUCCAAAUAUAACCUCUUUUGCGUCGACAAGAUGGCAGCUGUUUACAGCUCGGUUUGUUCAUUUUAUCAUUGUAGAUAGAUGAUGAGUUUCUUACGGAUGACAUGGAAAAUGAAGAAGACGUCUUUAUUGGUCAGCCCCACCCUAUCAAAGGUGCAUUUGGUGGAGUGGCCAACAAAGCAGCGUAUGUACCACGCAUUUUAUCAACCGGAUUGCAUUGUGUCUCUCUUAAUCUCUGUAUGUCUAAGUGUCUGUUUGUUUUUUCCCACUGAUCUUUGCUUGGCUGUCAGUCUGUCUGUCUAUCAGUGCGUUUGUUUCGCAAUUUUUGCCCCGAUUUAACCUCCCACCUACCAAAAAAUAUGGUUCAUCUGGCAUAAAUAAUUCUAAAUAGCUAUGCAAACGGGUUGAGGUCAUAGAUUUAUCAAACGAAAUUAUUUUAAAAUCUAGCUUCCUAGUACUUAGGUGAUUAUUUCAAAAGCGAAGCCAGGUUACCUGUUUCCCUGUUAUUACUGUGGCUUAGAUGUAAGGCCUCUUGGUUUGCUGAGGGAAAUUUCCAACCGGACAUUUCUUGUGUUGCAGUGCCGUCCAGUGGUUUCAAGAGACACAGGCUCCCAAGGGAGUUGUACAGGAUGAGAGUGGAGGAUUCAGUGUAUGGUUUCACGGAAUUAUUUCUAGGAGGUAAUUAAAGUCCAUCAAACAAAUGCUACGAUCGUGUAUCUGAUUUACUUAUAACAUUUAAAGCCACGUACUAAAGUGUAGCUUUUAUCUCUGACAAGUCAGUAGAUAUGAGUAUAAAUUUGUCGUUACAACUCAUUUUUGUAUGCAAGUACUUCCUACUUAGGUUGAAACAAAAGUUUCGAAAUUUUUAAACUCAUGUGAUAAUACUGAGUACUUUACAGCAUCAAAUAGUGAUUUUUCUCGUGAAUUCCUUUAGAAUAAUUGCAAGAGAGAGUAAAAAUUGUCGCAGAUCGAAGUCCACGAGUUGGUUAUAUCGCCCAAUCUACUCUUUCUCUCUGAAAAAACUGACCACCCCGUAACGUCUCCGACUACAUAAAGAUAAAAUGUAGCUUAAUUAAUCAUUGGACUUUAUACCGUCAUGGGUUUCUCAGAGUUCUCGAUUGACCACGCCUUUUAAGGUCUUUUAAAACAUCUUUCUCAAAGGAGAAUUUAUCCAACGAUCUUGCCCAAACCAACCUUCUUUUCACACAGUCGGCUUUCUUUUCGACAAUAACAAGUACACGUGUGUCCAACGAGAACUAAAAUUUUAAUUUAUCGCUUGUAAAGAAGACACCCUUAGAUAAGGUUUUGGUGCUUUUGUUUCAGGGAAUCUGAGCGCUUGCUAUCAAACAAACCAGUGGGUUGUUUCUUGAUCCGAGUCAGUGAAAGCCGGUUUGGUUACACUUUAUCAUACAGGUGAGAUGAAAGAAGAAGUGGUAGAACGAACUAUACGUUUUCAGCCGUAGUUACUGCCUCUUGGUAUUGCAUUUUACUGAUUCAUGUCGUAAUUCUGUUUCAGGGUAAAGAGCCGUUGUAAGCACUACAUGAUCGAUCAGACCCGCUCUGGGAAGUUUCUGAUUGUUGGAAUGCAACGAGUCUACAAAUCUCUAAAGGAAAUGGUCAAUGUACACAAAAGGGUAAUCGCAAUGCUAAAAUCUGUUAAAGAAAUGGUCAGUGUGCAUUAAAAGACAUUUCUACCGCUUUGAUCAUUCGCUCAUAUGAUGUGAGGAUUUCUCCCUCUCUCAUAUUGCGAUCGGUCUCUUAACUGGUCAACCUUAUCAAGUCCUUUGAAAAAAUACGUCAGCAGUGGAAGGUAGAAGCGAUAACCUGAUGUUUUGCUUGACUUCGUUCUCUGCUUGGUCCAGAAAAUUCACCACCACUCUCUCAACCAAUCAGAUGCAAAACUUAAACAAAUCACGACUUUGGUUGCCCGCGUUUUCCCGCGCGUUAGGCAGUUUGAUUGUUUUUACUUUGAAUUCUCAUUGGCUGUUGAGAUUUCUUUGAUUUUGUUUUGACGACAAUCAAUUGAAAACUCUCUGAUUACACAUUAUGGUUUCAUCACAGACACGGAACUUAACUGAGGAUGUUUUAUAGCGUAAUCUAGACAUUUAAAGGUAUUAUCGAACGACCCUUCGUGGCUGCAUCGGAGAAGGGAAUAUUGAACUCAACUUACUUUCCCUUUCGUCAUUUUUUAUUUGCAAAUCAAACGAAAGGAGCCCAUAAAUUCAGAAGGAGACGUUCUCAUUGAACCUUGUGGACAGGUAAGUCAGAUUGAACUGAUUACUUGCUAGCGGUACACUUGUCCUAACACUUCGAGCCCUGAGGGUGACUCACGUCUUAUUUUCUCUCACACUAUCACCUCUUAAUCACACAUUUAAGGUCAUGAGAAUAAAGGGAAUGAUCACCAACUUAAGAUGCUUUUGAUUGUUAAGCAAAUUCUCCUUGUCGGCACAUUUGGAAAUGAAAAGAGAACAGUUUGGGGAAUGUAUAUAUGCAUGUUAGGAUGCAAAGGGUCAAAGAAUGGAAUUUAUUCACUGAACAUGAACAAAGACUGAGACAAGAGGUUAAAGACGUCAUCCUCCUCCGAUAAUCCUCUCCACCUCUUUCACUUACUUUUCAUUUAAACUUAACAUUAUUUUUCUUUCAUUUCUACUGCUCCAGCUUCUUUAAUCAUCCUUUAUUUAUAAAUGAAUUUUUUUUUCAGGAGUCUGAAGAAGAAGCAGAUUAUGUGGAACUGAUCAACGUAUUAGAGGAAAAGGUGGGUUACUCUCUUAUUCUUUGUCUACCUGAUACCCGUAUGGGUAGUAUGUUUCAUUUACGUUUUUUAUUUAGUGACUCAUUCAUCUGUGAUCAGGCGUUCUAUUUUGGGAACGCUCAACUUAUAGCAGCACAAAAGUCGACUUUCGGGAUUGCCCUUGUUGCGCUGACUCUUGCAUUACUGCACCAUUACUCUCCCCCAAGAAAGAACGCCCGAUCGUAGGUUAUUUACUUGAAGGAUCUCAAAAUAUCUUUCUCUUUCAGAAAUACGUUGCUCUCCGUGACGUAAAUAGGAAUAAAAAUAAUAAUAAUGAUGAUGAUGAUGCGCCCCCACCCCUUCCGCCCAAGUCUCCAAAAUCUCCGAAAUCUCCGAAACCUAAGGAGGAAACGUUACCACCGCCAAUUCCAGCACGUAACUAUCAGGUGAGAAGUGGGGAGCCUCUCAGCAGAAUCUCCUUACCGUUGCGGUAUGAGCGGCGAAACCCGCGAGAUUCGUGCUGUCGAGAAAGCUGUCAAGAAGUAUGGCCCUUGCAUGCCUCUCGCACGUUCGCGUCGCUUGCCACGCGAAACCUUGGUUUUAGGCUAGGUAGUUGAACGGUAUCCGGUCGUUUCGCCUACGGGUCGUUUCGCCUACGGUCUGUUCGCCUACGAAUAGAGUCGAUUCGCCUACGUCUUAUAUGUCAGUUCGCCUACGAGUCAGAUGUUGAAGCUUUAAAUCGGAAUUAUUAAAAGUCUUUGUUCCUUGUAUUAUUCCUUCCAUUCUAUCCUCGAUGGCUAGAAAAACAACGCGCUAAAACAUCUAAGUUCGAAUGUUUUUAAAAACUUUAUUAUGGCGGAACCCGGUCGUCUACGAAUGUGUGAAAGAUAUUUUGCUUAAAAUGAUUUUUUAAACUUUUCGCCUCGCCUACCGUCACAAUGAACUCCUCUGCGCCCUGUGGAAUUAAACGCGAAUGAUCUGUUGUUUAAGGGGCAGGUGUCACUCGGAUAACCUAAACGUCCCCGCAUGUAAUAAGUGUAUUAGAAUUAAAAUGUCGCGAAAUGAGUACGCUUCAUGGUUACUGAGUGUAAUUGGAGAACCGUUUAAUUCGCAACUCAGAAUAUGCGAUAUUUACAUAACUUGUUUUACUCGAACGAAGAUGAAUCAAAUUAAAACGGAAAUUUUCAGGUAAACGAACGCUCCUUAUUUACAAUUAUUUAACUUCGAUAGGCUUGACUUUAUGAGUCACGCUCUAGGAAUUGAAUUGACCGACUAGGAUCCGAGUGCGAUCGCACAUAAAAGUAGAUGAAUCAACUGUUGUAACACGUUUUUAACACGUAGGCGAACUGACAUAUGAGACGUAGGCGAAUCGACUCUAACCGUAGGCGAACAGACCGUAGGCGAAACGACCCGUAGGCGAAACGACCGUAAUUCAGUUGAACGUACCGACGCUUAGACAUCCUGUUUUGAAUUUCAAGCUAGGAUUCUGCAACGUUCGCAAGAGUUACUGUGUUACAGGAUGAUUUCUCGUCACUUUGCAGCGAGAUUUAAGUUAUGAGUACUUUGGCCUUCGCUGAGGUUGCUCGUAAAAGUGAAUGGAAGCUAUAAGAUAAAAUCCGAUGGUUCCAAAUCGUUAGCUAUCGUAUUAGUCCUGACAUUGGACGAAAACGGGAGACGAAUUUGCAAUAAGCUAAUUUAUGAUACACUAUUUUGAGAUGCAAGCCCACCUUUACUUUUUUCAUCAUUUUCUUGUGUCGCACAGGGAACAAGACUUCGCUGACGGUGACCUGGGACCCAAUUUUAUCUCUGAUACUGGAUGCAUUGGGUAUCCUGGUGAUUUACCAUUCUGUAUUGAGCUUUAUCAAAAGAAAAAGUUGAACGCUUUCAAAACACCGUGAAUUUCUGGCUUAAGUAUGAGACAGGUUGGUCUUAACAACCUGAAAGAACGUCAUUUAGUGAGCCAUCCUAGUCAUGCCGAGUUCAUAACAUUGGAUCAAGAUAGAAUUUCCAUGGGCUAAGAAAAUGCUUUUUUGGUUAAUCUAAUACAUUUCACCAUUGCCUUUCGGUGUAAAAAAGGCC